GUUCGUUUUUAAAAAUCAUGAAUUUAAAUUACUUUAAAAAUAAUGGAUAACAAAGAAGAAAGUAUAUUUCAAUUGGUAUCUCAACUAUGUGAAAAAUUCGUCAAAGACCGCAGCAAAAUAUCCAAGUCCAGGUCUAAAUGCUAUGAAAUUCUUUUGGGAAAAACAUAUCCAGCACAAAUUAAAGCUCAUAAGGAUUUAACGGGGUCUUUAGAUCCCGUUUGUAACUUAAUAGCAUGGGAAUAUCAACUUUUGAAUGAUUAUGACUUAAAAGAACACUCAAUAGAGUUACAAGAAACAGCAGAAGUGGUUGAGUAUUGUUAUGGGGAUAAAAAGGAUGAUUUUAGGAAUGUUUUACAGUUUUUGUUAAGUUUAAGGAAUGUACCUGCUGAUGAUGAUAAAAUUCUUGAUCUCUCAACUUUGCCAAAUAUAACACAGCAGAAAAAUUAUGCAAGUAUUUUUAAUUUGCCUAAAUCUUUAACUGAUGAGUGGGAGGGAAAUGAACAAAUUAACUGUUUAAAAGAAAACGCUAACUUAAAUCCUUACAAUUUUGAUAAACGUUUGGAAUCAAACACAAAUUUAACUUGCAAAACCAAAUUAAGUGAUUAUUUUAAAGAUGAAGGCUAUUUUUCACCAACUAAAGGAGAAGAUGAUGAUAUUUGGCAUUUGGCAUCAACUUUGGAAUACAGUAAUAGACGAACAUGGGAAGAAUAUGGCCACCCAGAGCCGGAAAAGGAAUUACCAUUUUUAUCGGAACUUGGGGAUUUGCAAUCUUUAUGGGUUGAAAAUUUACCAUCCUUAUAUUUUAUUGAAAUGUUUAAAGAUGGGAAUGUUAUUAAAAGCAACAUCAAGUCUAGAAGAGCAUUUAUUAAAGAUGUAAAGUACUUAUUGGUUGGUAUGGUGUCUGAUUCUUUUGGAUACAAUAAUAAUGGAGAGUUUUACCUUACUCCUUCAAUAACCAUAGACGGUAUAACACCUGCAUCUUUGAAACAGUACUGCACUGAUUUAUUAUUUUGCGGGACCUGCUUUAAAGCUUUGGAAAAAUUAAGCACACCCAAUGCACAAACUGGGAACUAUGAAUACCAAGGUUACAUAUUUUCUGAAUUAUGCAAAAGUAUAAGCAGAUAUUUGCAAUUUUACCGCACCGCAACUUUAAGCAUACCUGAUUCGACCCCUUGCCUCAGUCUACACGGAAAAACAUAUCCCCUUAGAUUACAAAUUCUUACUUUGACUUCUAUUUGUCAAAUUGGGCCUUACACUAGAGCUGAACACAUCCCACAUGGUGUUGCACUUUUGAGUUAUUUAUACCAAAAAGUAUCCACUUUAACUGACAAAAAUGUUCUUAUGGUUUUGUAUUCCAUACUUUAUCCAUGUUGCCAAGUGUAUUUUAGUCGUUUUUUAAAGCAAUGGAUAUUAGAAGGUGUAAUUAAUGACCCAUAUGGUGAAUUUUUCAUAAAACCAAACUACAAAUAUAUUUCUAUGAGAGGGAGAAUCUACUGGACUAGAAGUUAUUUUGUGAGGGAAGAUAUUGUUCCGGAAUUUUUGAUGGAUUUAAAAAACGACAUUUUAUGUUGUGGGAAAGUUAUGAAUCUGCUUAAAUUAUGUGUUCCAGAGUGUAAAUUAUGUUUGUACUUAAUGGGUAAAAAACCACCUAUAGUAUCAUGUUGUUUAACUGCUGAACAAUUGUCUGAAUUGAAACAAAGUACUACAAACUAUUAUUUAGAAGUGUGUUCAGAAGUAGGUUUAAAAUUCGACAUCAGUGAAUUUUUGCUGAAAAACAAAGAAUUAGAUCCGGUACUUUUUAAUUUAAUUUCCAAAAAACGGAGCAUAACACUUCAAAGAAUUGAGUUGGAAAGAAAAAAGGCUGUACAAGAGUACAAGGAGAAACGUAAUGAAGAACUAUUAAUGCUUAAAGAACAGUACGAUUCAGCUGUUGAAUUGAAACAAAUUAGAAUGGCUGCGGAGAUCGAAAGGGAAAUAAAAGUUUCGCAAGAAAAUUUUGCUCUUGAAGCUAUGAGACAGGAGCUUGUUGAGCAAGAAGCGGGUAAACUUAUUGCGUACUAUUCGGAACUUUGCGCCCAAUCUGACGAACGCAAAAACAAAAUCGAGAAAAACCUAGUGGCAAUCAAAAAUAUGAACAACGCACACAGUAAUAAUAAUUUAACAGAAGUUCAUUCUUGCGUUAGUGAAGACGAUAUUAAAGUCGACAAUUUCGUAUCGAACAUCUCCUUGAAAUCCGGAAGUUCGGACUCUACCUAUUACUCGGUGGACGAUAAAAAGGAAAAAACUGAAGACAUCAACAAGGAUGAAGAAACUAACAAGGAAAACGAUUUGGAUCUUCUAAACGCCAACAAAGAUAUACAAGUUAUACAUAGCGUACAAAACGGAAACGUGGAUAUGUCGAUCCAAACGGACAAAACGAAAUACGAUGAAAACACCCGCCAAGCCAUUAUCAACUUCGAAACGGCUCGAAAAAUAAAACAGAAAGUUAUGUCGCAGGAAAUGGGUAUCGAAAUUGUCGACACAAUGCAAAUUAAAAAACCGGUUAUGCCCUGCCAAAAUCUGACUGAGUUCCAAAGAAAUAAAAUGAAGGUUUUGAACUCAGAGUUUGGUAUACAGGUCAGCACUGAUGAUGUUAAUACAAAAACUUCUACGCCAGUACAAAUUAAUAGAGAUAAAAUGAUGCACAAUACGGGAAUAGAAGAAAAACCGUUUUUCGAUGUAAUUGAGGGGCCCAAACCAACUUUAACAAGUUUGCAAAUCAACCGGAAUAAAAAUAUGAAUAGUACACCCAUAAAGGAGAUAGAAAAACCCAGCCCCACUUUAACCAAUCUCCAAAUAAAUAGGAACAAGAUGAUGAACAAUGUCACCAUAGAAGAAUCAUCCCCAUUGGAUAACAUAUCAAAAACCAAAACAUCCCUGACAAGCCUGCAAAUAAACAGAAAUAAGAUGAUGUCCACAGGGCCCAACUUUUACGGAUUAAUGUAUCAAAACGACAACGACAAUUUCAUCAACAGAAACCUAAAUUCGAACACCGCAACAAUAAAAAAAUCUAAAUCCCUCAUACUCGAACUAAACCGCCAGAAAUCCGACACCCCAGAAAAACCCACACCCAUGUCGGUUGACUCAACACCUCAAAGCGAUUUUCCCCUGAGCGGUGUUACCACUCCAACUAGUACUUUUAUCGGCAGUUUACCCACUACAGCAGAUACGCAUAUGACCGAUGCAGGAUUCGAUUUUACUGGUAAAAGAAUUCAUGUCAGGAAUUCUACAAUGUCUUUGCUGCCCACCAAGAAUUUUUCCAAGAGGGUUACACCACAAGAAGCAAAAGGAAUUUCCACAAAUUGCCUAAAACUAUUCCUAAAUGAGAGCAUAAUGGUUCCACUAAUCACCCAAACUAAACUCGUCAACAACGAGCUCCUACGUUUCUUCGUCGAGACCCUGAACUACAUGGACCACCUGAACAACCUGCGCAACUAUUUCUUUCUGCAAGACGGCGAAUUCGGUCGAAACAUAACGGAAAACCUAUUCGAGAAGCUCUACGACGCGACCGUGCCGAUCCAGCUGAUCAACGGCAGAACUCUGCACUACCUCAUGUUCGGAGCGCUGGACAAUUCCUGCAAGUCGCAGGAGAACGCCGGAAAGUUGUCCUUCAAGAUCAAUUGUUUGCCGAAAUGCUUCGAUCUGGGAGAUCCUGACGUUUUGGAUUGUUUAUCGCUGACUUAUACUGUUGCGUGGCCCAUGAACAUUUUGCUGCCCGUCGAUACCAUCGGAAAGUACGACGAAGUUUUUAGGUUCUUGGUGAAGUUGAACAGGAUUCAUUGGGUUCUUAAGAAAAUAUUUUUGGAGCUCAAAGUGUUAGCAAAAGAGACUGGAAACAAAGAAAUAUACCUAAUGGCAUCUCCGCAGUACAGAAAACUGCACCAAAGCAGACAUAUCAUGACUCAUUUUGUACAAACCUUUCAAAAUUACAUAGUCGGCGAAGUUCUUCAAUCAAACUGGGCGAUUUUUGAAAAACGCCUACUUGAAGCGAAAAAUCUCGACGAUCUUUAUAACCUACACACGGCAUACAUAAAAAAUAUUCUAUCUAUGUGUUUUUUGAACCAGAAAAUGUUGGUUUUAAAAACUGUUGUACACAAAAUAUUUGUUGUUAUAUUGAAAUUCUAUGAUUAUUUGAGAUCGAGAAGUUGGAAAUGCGUUGAUGGUACCUACGUGCACCCAAAUUUCGAUAAAUUGGAAAGCAUUUUCAACAACUUUGAAGAAUUUAUUCGUUACUUCUUAAAAGUGUGCAAAAAAGUAGGCAAAUGUGGAUAUCAGCCCCAUCUUCUACAGCUGUUGGAUAUGUUGGAUAUUAACGGUUUUUAUAGCAAUUGUUAAGUAUUUAUUAUUGAUCAUAUACAUAUAUUUUUUUAUUUGUUGUUUUUUAUUUAUUAUUAAGCUUAAAGUUAAUGUUAACAAUCUAGAAUAAAUAUGUAUA